AUGGAAGACGCCUUCAGCAGCCCCGCGGGGGCCGUGCUGCAGCGGGAAGCUGGGGCCCCUGGACCACUGACGCCCCCCACAGAGUUGGGUCACAUUUACGAGCUGGAGCGGGUGCAGGCCUUCGUGCUGGAGUGCGAAGCCAAGCGGGUUGCCCUGCAGUUCCCAGAUGAUCUCCUCGGAGACAGCGUGGCUGUGGCCCGAGCCUUGGAGGAGUCGACGGGAGCCAAGAUGUUUGUUCUCGGGGACACGGCCUAUGGCAGCUGCUGUGUGGAUGUCCUUGGGGCUGAGCAAGCUGAAGCUGAGGCUCUGGUCCACUUUGGCCCUGCCUGUCUGAGCCGUCUUUCCCGGCCCUUGCCGGUCUUCUAUGUCCUUGGUCAGCGUCCCGUGGCCCUGGAGCUAUGUGCAGAGGCCUUUAGAACCCUGCACCCCAACCCUGCCGAGCCCGUGGUGCUGCUGAGUGAGCCAGCCUGUGCCCACGCCCUCGAAGCCUUGGCAGCCCUUCUUUGCCCGCAGUAUGAGGACCUCCUGGUGUCCCACCCAGCUCUGCCUGCUGCUGCCCCAGGCUGGGAGCACCCACCAUUGGAGCGCUUUGGCCGCUUUUUCCCAUUGGGCCCCGGGCGGCAGCUGGAGGACUAUGGUGCCUUUUAUGUGGGGGGCUCAGAGAGUGGGGACAACAACGGAGAUGAGGUGACCCCAGACCUACUCCAGCUGCUCCUGGGCUGGGCCCCUGACCGCCCCUUCUCCUCUUGCCUGCCAGACUCUGGAAAAGCCCGGGCAGAGGGUCCUCGGGCAGCCCGAGCCAGAGCACGGAGCCACUAUCUGGUGGAACGGGCACGAGAUGCCCAAGUGGUGGGCCUGCUGGCAGGUGCUCCAGGGGGAGCCGGGCACUGUGAGGCACUGGCCCACCUUCGGACACUGGUGAAGGCUGCUGGCAAGCGAGCCUAUGUGCUGUCGCUGGGCCGGCCCACCCCUGCCAAGCUGGCCAACUUUCCUGAGGUGGACGUCUUCGUGCUACUGGCCUGUCCCUUGAGAGCUCUUGACCGACCCCAGAGUGGGGCCAGCAGAGGCUUCUUCCGGCCACUGCUUACCCCCUAUGAGCUGGAGGCUGCCUGCAACCCAGCUCGGGGGCCUCUGGGGCUGGAGCCCUACCUGACUCGCUGUUCUGACCUGCUGCCAGGCUCCCCCUUCCAUGUGCCAAUCCCACCCCCGGAUUCUGAGCUAUGGGAUACUCCUGACGUGUCACUCAUCACUGGCGAGCUGCGCCCACCCCAGGCCUCGGCCGCACCAGAUGGCCCUGAUGGCCCCGAGGCCUCGGCUCUGAGCCACCGAUCCAGGCUUGAGCUUGCCGAGAGCAGUCCAGCAGCUUCGUUCCUUGGUUCCCGUACUUGGCGGGGGUUGGAGCCUCAGCUAGGCCGGACGGCACCGAUGCGGGCAGUCGCUGGGAGACGAGGUGUGCCCAUUGCCUACGAGGAUGAGCCUGGCAGCUGA